UGAGAGCUUUGCUCGGGAGUCCAUGUGUUCUGAUAUUUUUGAUCUACAAAUGGAGAAGGAGGAACUUAUCCAUGUACCAUGCCAUUGAAGAGUUCAUUCAAGCUCAAAAUAAUCUAACACCGAUAAGGUACUCUUACUCAAAUAUUAAGAAGAUGACAAAAGGUUUCAAGGAAAAACUGGGUGAAGGAGGCUAUGGUUCAGUAUACAAAGGAAAGCUUCGAAGUGGCCAUUUGGUAGCUGUAAAAAUGAUGGCCAGUUCCAAAGCCAAUGGACAAGAUUUCAUCAAUGAAGUUGCUACAAUUGGAAGGAUUCAUCAUGUCAAUGUCGUGCAAUUAAUUGGAUUUUGUGUGGAGGGAUCAAAGCGUGUUCUUUUAUAUGACUUCAUGCCUAAUGGGUCUCUUGAUAAGUACAUAUUUCCUGAAAAAGAAGGAAAUAUCUCCUUAAGCUUAGAGAAAAUGUAUGAAAUUUCUCUAGGAGUGGCCCAUGGGAUUGAAUACUUACAUCGAGGCUGUGACACCCAAAUCUUACAUUUUGAUAUCAAGCCCCACAAUAUUCUUCUUGAUAAGAAUUUCACUCCGAAGGUUUCAGACUUCGGCCUUGCGAAAUCAUAUCCAAUAGAUCAUAGUAUUGUGUCCCUAACUGCAGCAAGAGGGACAAUGGGAUACAUGGCUCCGGAGUUGUUCUACAAAAACAUUGGUGGAGUCUCAUACAAAGCUGACGUUUAUAGUUUUGGGAUGCUGUUGAUGGAAAUGGCAGGGAGAAGGAAAAAUUUAAAUGUUUUUGCAGAGCAUUCAAGCCAAAUUUACUUCCCUUCCUGGGUUUACGACCAGUUCAGUAAAGGAAAAGACAUAGAAAUGGAAGAUGCAACAGAGGAAGGAAAGAAACUUUCAAAAAAGCUGAUUAUAGUAGCCUUAUGGUGCAUACAAUUGAAGCCCAGUGAUCGUCCUUCAAUGAACAAAGUUGUGGAGAUGCUUGAAGGAAAUGUGGAGCUCCUGCAGAUGCCUCCAAAUCCUUUUCUAACUCCGCAAGAGGUGCCAGCUGAGGAUCAUGCAAACAACAAAAACCUAACAGAAAUGUCAAUUAUUAUCAGAUAG